AUGCGCUGCUUUCCUAUACCCGACGUGGACUUUUACACAGAGACUCGGCCUUUGUGGUCUUACUAUUCCUAUGAGCCGAAUAGAAAAUGGAAACAAGUAAAGUACGAGCGGCCGCAUCAUAUAUCUUACUGGAGGGAAUUAGAAAUAAUUAAGAAGGAUAAAGAAGAGAAAAAAGUGGCGGACGCGGAGAAGGGACGAGAGAAGGACAAGGAGAAAGAGAGGAAGAGGAAGAUGAGACAGAAGAAGAAAGAGCAAAUGAAAGAGAAGGCAGGUAUUUAUUAUCGUCCUUUCCCGAAAGAGGAGAGAAAGAAGGAAAAGAAAAAGCUAGAAAAAGUCGAUGAUAAUUGGCCAAAGAAUCGCAUACGUUUUGAAGCUUGUUUGCCUCUUUAUUACAGUGCAGGUAAUCGGUAUAUAAGUGUAGAAAGAGCCGAUCCUAUUGGUUUCAAAUGUUCACCGUUGCCGAUUAGCCUGGCAGACGCACGUGAAAAUAAAGCAUUGAUAAAAGCUGCAAGAGCGCAAAGGAGGGCGGCUGCUAAAGCCGAAAGAGAACGAAAGAGAAAAGAGAGGGAAGAUGCUUACGAAAAAGCAUGGAGAAAAUUUAAUGCUUUAUCAAUGUUAGUGUAUCCGCCCUAUUAUGUAGGUUAUAUAACGCAAAAUCUGCGUGCUAGAUAUCCAACCUCGCCUUUGUUGGAUAAUGAUUUUUGCAGUAGAGCGCAAAAAUGCCGAAUGUCGAAUUUAUAUUGUAGAUGUUGUUAGCGUCAUAUCCUUACGGGACUGAAUUGUGAGCUUUUACCUAUUGCGCGUAUGUUAAUGGACAAAGUGGUCCGAUUGCUUUCAUUUUUCCUGUUCUAGCGCAAUUUUUGUGACUGGGAAUUGUGGAUUCUGCUGGCGUUAGAAUAACUUGCUUUUAUGUCAGCGUUAGAUGCUAAGUUAUCUGAAAUU